UGCACCUCCUCGCCUGCAUCUGUAAUGGUCUAGGACUUUAAGUCUUCAGUCACUGCUACUGUUCAGAACAGCGCUUGAAUAGGGCAUCAGCACACACAAAAUGGCGUAUGGGACCACGCAGUCUACUGCAACCCUUGAUACUCCUCCCUCAGAAUCAAUACCCACACCAUCCACAAGCCGAGAUGCCGAGGAACACGAAUCUGAACUACCAACAAGGGUCAAAGUAUGGCAACGAUUGAAGUCUUUCUACUACCGGAAUUUUGGCCUGUUUCUAGUAUUUCUAGCCCAAACAUGCGGUUCUAUAAUGAACACAGCAGCAAAGCUGCUCGCCACGGGAUAUGAAGAAAAAUUCCAUAGCUUGCAGAUCAUCUUUGUCCGGAUGUCAUGCACGACUAUCAUCGGCUGUUUAUACAUGUGGUAUAAUAAGACUCCCGACUUUCCGUUGGGGAGACGCGGAGUUAGGAAAUUGCUGGUCUUGCGAGGCUUUGCAGGAUUCAUAGGAUUGUUCGGACUCUACUAUUCACUCACAUGGCUUGAAUUUUCCGAUGCAACCGUCAUAACGUUCUUGAUUCCCACCAUGACAGCCAUUGUCUGUUUCGUUUGGCUUCGAGAACCCUUCACGUAUAAAGAAGCUUUUGCAGGUUUCAUCGCGUUUUGCGGCGUUUUAUUUGUUGCUCGGCCGCGAUGGCUAUUCCCCCAUCCUCCUGCGGAUCCCAUAUCCGGCAAGCCAGAGCCGCAUGGUGAAGCAAUUGUAGAUGCUUUCACUAUGAUCAGCGAACAUGCAUCACAAGAAAUCAGGGUAACUGGUGCCAUAUCUGUGAGCCAACAUACGAUAGCUAUCAUGUUGGCUAUUGUGGGAACAUUGGGGGCAUCAAUGGCAUAUGCCACAAUCCGUGUCAUUGGGAAACGCUCACACGCGCUCAUAAGUGUGAAUUACUUCGCUGCCAUCGCGACGGUUGGUUCCGCCACUAUCAUUCUUGCUCACCCAGAUCUCCACUUUGUGAUCCCUCGCACUCUGGGUCAAUGGGGGUUGGUCACUAUCAUUGGCCUUACUGGCUUCUUGCUCCAGUUUCUCUUAACUGAAGGACUGCAACGAGAAAAGGCGGGCCGCGCAACAAACCUGACUUAUCUUCAACUAGUAUUUGCACUGGUGAUAGAGCGUGUCAUUUGGGGAACAACACCGCCAGUCGAGAGUCUUGUUGGUGCAAUGCUCAUUAUCGGUGCGGCAAUCUGGGUCAGCCUCCAGAAGAAUGCACCAAUUGUCGAUCAGAAGACACAGAUCCCUGAUGAGGAGAGCAGACUGUUGGGAGACGAUAAUGAAAGGACUCGAUGAUGCAUCCUCGCGAACUAAUGUCUCACAAUAUCUAUAUCUUACGACUUUUCACAAUUCCUCAAGCUUCUAGAAUUUCGUGUUUUUCCAGGCUCUAUUGUUCAGACGAUACGAUUACGCUCGCUAGUCAGCAUUGGACUGUAGCAGGCCGUACGCUAGGCACAUAAUACGAAAGUCUUAUGUUGCACUUGUCUACUAAUGUUUUUGGCGGUUGAACUGGCUUAGCGAAUGAGGAAGGAGGUUAAAUAAUUACGACUCUGACAGAACAACCGAAGAUAGACGAAUUGUGCGAUAGGCGCAGUUGACAAAUAGCAGGCCAACCGAGGCCAGCCCCGCUAUGCGAAGUGGUAUGACCGGGUUGCCGUCAUAGUUUAAGCUGACAAUAAUAAGC